GUAGCAGAGAAGUCGAAAAUAUCAAAUUAAAUUAAAUCAAAAAUAUGGGAAGAAGGAGAGAGAAGGGUGGGAGGGUAGAGGGUCUGGAGGUGAACUUACCGAGCUUCUUCCGAUGCCCGAUAUCGUUGGAGGUGAUGCGGUCACCCGUCAGCUUGUCCACCGGCGUCACAUACGACCGCUCCUCCAUCCAGAGCUGGUUCGACUCCGGCCACCGGACCUGCCCCGCCACCCGCCUCCCCCUCCCCUCCCCCGUCCACCUCGUCCCCAACCUCACCCUCCGACGCCUCAUCCGACUCUGGUCCUCCUCCUCUCCGCCCCUCCUUCCCACGACGACGCCCUCGUCGGAUCACCCCGCACCCUCCGUCGAUGAUUUCCUUCUUCAGAUCCGAUCACUCUCCCCCUUCGACCCCCUCCCCUUCCUUCGCCACCUCUCCGCAUUCUUUUCUUCCUCUCACGAUUCCGACAAGAACCGCCUCGCCUCCUCCCCCUUUUUCGCCCCCGCCCUAGUCUCCUUCCUCGCCGACCGCGCCGCCGGGCCCGAAGUCUCGCUCUUGGUCAUCAAGAUCCUCGCCUUGGUCCUGGGAACGGGCCACGUCGGCGAUCGCGGCAGGGAGUUCGCUAUCGAGGCCCUCCUCGCCGACCUCGAGGGUGUCGUAGCCGCCCUAAUAGAAAGCCUCCGGAACAACGAGACGGAAGUAGGAUCUGGAAUCGAUGGCGCGAAGGUUCUCGAUUCGAUCCUCUCGUCCUCUUCCUGCGACGGGGAUAAAAGGAGUUCGAUCGUGGAGAACCCAGAUUUCUUCCCCGAUCUGGUCCGCCUCCUCGUGCCUCGCGACGACGAAGGCUGCGGCGGUGCGGUGAACCCGGAGGCCGCCGACGCCGGGCUGCGGUGCUUACUAGCGGCAGCCAAGGGAAGGCGCGCGCGGGCGCGGAUGGCGCGGGCCGGGGCGGUGCCGGCGCUGACGAGGAUUCUGGUCGCCGCCGAGGUGCCAGCCGCCACGGCAGAGCGGGCGCUGCUGGCGAUGGAAGCGGCAGCGGGGAGCGGGGAGGGUCGUGCGGCGAUCUGCGAAGAGGCGGAAUCGUGCGUGGGGGCGGUGAUGGAGCGGUUGAUGAAAGUGGGGAGCGAGGGGAGGGAGGCGGCGGUGGCGGUGCUGUGGACGGCGUGCGUGGCGGAAGGGGACCGGCGGGCGAGGGAGGCGGUGGCGGGGGCGAAGGGAGGCGCGGCGAAGAUAUUGAUGGUGAUGCAAGGGGAGUGCUCGCCGGCGACGGCGAGAAUGGCCGGCGAACUGCUGAGGAUCUUUAAGGUGGACGCCAAGGGUUGCUGCGUGGGCUACGACACCAAGACCACUCACAUAAUGCCUUACUAAUGACGCUCUAAUUUAAUCUUAAGCAAAUGCUUUUGCAGAUAAUUAGCACAUUAAAAAAAAAUUAUUUGUAAAUCGCCCCCAAAAAUUGUUAUUUGUAGAUGCGCAUACAUUAAUCUAAUUUUGGGAUUAUGGAAA